GUCCGGUUUGGGGCGGAUGUCGAGGAUGUCGUAAGGCUGAACCGGGAAUCGACGGCGUAGAGCUCGGUAAAAAGCUUGUUGGUGUCACCGUCAGCUGAGCUGAAGUCAUGGCACUCUACAUGCAUAUCUACAUACUCCAGGUGACUGGCGACUGGUUGAGGCGAAGCAAGACAUGCCGCCUCGUCGAUUCGUCGGCGGGACUUAAGUAUCCGCGACUACCGUGCAGAACUCGAGUACCGGGCAGAACUCGAGUCCUAGCAUAGGAAGGUAGGUAUCCACCAUGGCCAACUGCACGGAGCCGAAAUUCAUCUGCCACGAUGGCAUCUGCGACACAGACCUUGUUGCGGCCACAAUCCAGCACGAUAUCGCGCCGCGAUGUCGACGACUGCUGCACCUCCUCGCGCUGGAGCCGGAGACGGUCGAGGAUCCAUGGGCUGCCAUACCGGUACCCAUCAAGUUCCAAACGAACUCCGUAGGCAUCACCACGGAGACCAGCGUCACCAGCGUCACCGAGCCAGCGCAAGCCCAACCGUCGCCGUCGCCGUCGACAGUCAUAGACCUCAUCUCCGAUGUGUGGAACGGCUCUGAGCCGAUAAACUACCACGCGCAAAUCCACAUCGGCACGCCUCCCGUCCCGUUCACCGUAGACCUCGACACUGGCUCCUCGCUUCUCUGGCUCCAAUCGGUCCUGUCGCCCAUUACCGACCUCCCUCUCCCCACGCAGCCGGCCUACGACCCCACCCGCUCGCUCACCUCACUCUCACAAAACUCCCGCACAAAGGUAACCUACGCCGACGGCAGCAGCCUAAUCGCCUCGCUGUUUACAGACGUCGUGCAGGUGGGGACGCUCCGCGCGCUCUCGCAGCCCCUCGGCGCCGCGGCGACCCACAACAUCAGCGGCGCGUUCCUGGGCGGGGCGAGCCACGGGAUCCUGGGGCUGGGCGACUUCGGCCGGAAAAAUCUCGUGCAAACACUCAAGUCGCAGGGCCAGCUGCGGCACGCGGCGAUCGCGCUCAUUGGCCCGCGCAACGAUCCGAAGCUCGCGGAGGUGAUUGAUCGUGAGCGCACGCUGCAGCCACGGGGGAGCCUUGUUCUCGGCACUGUGGAGAGGAGGUUUUAUACCGGUGAGAUCGCGUGGUGUCCCGUGGUGUUUCAAGGAGGCAGGGAGAUGUGGCUCGUGAGGCUGGAUGAGAUCAGGGUUAAUGGCCACACGGUCGCCACGGGGCAGCAGGCGCUCAUCGAUACGGGCACGGCGUAUAUCGUUGCCAGCCAGCCGGCGUUUAGGGCCGUCAAGGCGGCGAUUCCGGGGGCUGAGGAUAUCGUGGAGAAGGACCUGGAGAAGCGGAAGGGGAAGCAGAAGCAGAGCGCGAUGUUCUCGUUCCCCUCGGCGAGCCUGCGCAGUGUCGAGUUCGUCUUUGGCGGGCGCAGCAUGCAGCUGCGGCGGCAGGACUUUGGGCUCGGACAGAUCAGGGUCGGUGAGGCUGGUAAUAGGAUGUGCGCGAGCAUUGUGCAGAUCCCCGGGGAUGAGGGGAGGGAGGUGUUCAGGGGGAGGGAACAGAUGUGGAUUGUUGGCGGGAUAUUUCUCGAUAAUAUCGUCACCGUCUUUGAUUUUGAGAAGAGGAGGGUCGGAUUUGCGACUAUCGCAACAGAGGGGGUGGGGUUGGCUAGAAUUUAGGGGCGGCUGAAUUGAGAAGGCGGAAAUACCCAUUUCAUUCCAUUUGAAUCACGCUUCAAAUAUACACAUGAGAUCACUCGGAACAUCAUCCACACCAGUAUUUUUGCAU